AUGUGUCCGAGUAUGAACCACGGAACGACGUGCGCGUCGAACUACGUGGUGUACUCGAGCGAGGCGAGCGCAUAUUUGGCGGAUCUGAUCGCGCAGCAGCUUAGCGUCGAACGCGGGACGGUGAUCCGAAAACAGUUCAAAGGAGGGGAAAAGUACCUGCGAGUUCUGAUGGACGAGAAGUACCAGCUAGUCGGUCAAGACGUCAUAUUCGUGGCUGCCACGCACACGGACGACGACCUUCUGGAGCUCGUCCGCCUCGGCUGCGCCUUUGCUGCCUAUGGCAGCCGCCGCCGCAUCUUUGUCAUCCCUUUCCUUGGCUACAGCACCAUGGAGCGGCAGGUGCUACCAGGGGAGGUGAUAACCAGCAAGGUGAACGCACGCAUCCUCAGCAGCAUUCCCAACAGCAAGCUGGGCAACAUCUUCCUCUUCAUGGACCUGCACGUGCAGUCGCUGCUGCAGUACCUAGAAGGACCCUGUACGCGCAUGGAGCUAUAUGCCGAACAGGCGCUACUAGAGGGAAUCAAGGCGCACCUGGACCUAUCUCAGCCGUUCAUGUUUGCCUCGGCUGAUCUCGGCCGUCCACUGUGGGUGGAGAGCUUCGCGCGCAAGUUCAACGUGGAUGUGGCAUUCGUGAGAAAGUCACGGCACAUGCAGGAGACAUCGGUGUUGGGGGUGGUGGGUGAGGUGACUGGCAAGCAUGUGAUUAUAUACGAUGACAUGACACGCACUGGAGGCACACUGGUGAAGGCAGCAGAUGCAUACAUGGCUAGAGGAGCCAGUCGAGUCAGCGCUGUUCUUAGCCACUUUGCAUUGGCAUCAGAAGAGGUGGUUCGCAUGCUGGAGGAGAGCUGCAUCAGCGUCAUCAUCUCCACUAACAGCCACCCUAUGAGCAUGCAUCCAUCUGUGGCCGCAUCGAAGCCCAGCAAGUUCCGCAUUCUCGAUGUAUCACCCAUCUUUAGAGAGGCAAUCAUGAAGCUUAUGCACGAAUAG